UUUACGGAAAUGGACGAGCUAUGCCGAAGCCUCCAUCCUUGCCGCUCGACAGGUCGGCGCCUUUGUACUCCUUCGGGUGACACCUGUCGGUAGUUUAUUGGUAUUGCAGCCCUUCAGUCGGUGGCUGCGGGAGGAGCUUGUGCGUUCGCCGCUUCAGUCGUUGUCUGCGGAAGCCGAGGCACCGGGGGGGCCCCCGGGGGGACAACAAAGACAUGGAGACAAAAAAACUCAUAACUGCCACGGACACCCAAUAUUCCGGAAUUCUGCUCAAUGCUUUAAAUGACCAGCGAAUGCAGGGGCUGUACUGCGAUGUGACAGUCAUUGUCGAAGACCGUAAAUUUCGAGCCCACCGAAAUAUUCUCUCAGCUUGUAGCACUUACUUCCAUCAACUGUUUUCUGUUGCAGGACAAGUAGUGGAGCUGAAUUUUAUCAAAGCCGACAUAUUUGCAGAAAUUUUAAACUACAUUUACAGCUCAAAAAUUGUUCGUGUGAGAUGUGACAUGCUGGAAGAGCUGAUAAAGUCAGGGAAGUUACUGGGAGUCCCAUUUAUAGCAGAACUCGGGAUCCCUCUUUCUCAAGUGAAGAGCAUAUCAGGUGGAGGGGGUAAAGAUGGUAGUGCUGAUGCUUCACCUAACCCUGAUCAAAAAGUACUUGAACCACAAAAAAGCACAGAUAGUCCAUCGCCAAGCACAGCUAAAAUUAAAGCUGAGAUGCCCGAAAUCACAGAAUCCUUUUUAUUGUCCAGUGAUGAUUAUAAGGACAAAAAGGCUUCUGAUUCCAAAGAUCAAGAUUCAGCGAAGGAAGAGGAUGAUGAUGAUGACGAUGAUGUAAUAUUUUGUUCGGAGAUUGUGUCAUUUAAACAGCCACCCACAGAGAAAAAGGAAGCUGCUCAAAGCCAAAUGGCACCCGAUAACGAGCAAGUACCAGAAGUUAAAAAAGUUACCCCUGCUGGUCAAGUUCAAAUUACCCAGAAUUCUUUACCUUCCAGCCAACAACCAUCAAAGAACACCACCUCAUCCACACCACAAAAACCUACUCCGCCUGUUAACACAAAUACAAGUCAGAAUCCACCUCCACCUGCAAAUGGUUUUCUUAGUCCACCUGCUCAGAAGCAAGCGACACCUAAUACUGUUCAGGAUCAACAUUCCCAAAACGUUACCUCUGGUAAUGCUUUAUCACAACAAAACACUUUGGUCGAUUUAAGCUCACCAAAACCUCAGCAAAUCAGUGCUGUACAACCCAAAACAGAAGUAAUUGUCCAUGGUAAUGGCAUCUCUCCCCCAAGUUCCUCUGUCACGCCUUUGGCACAGCAACCCAUCACACCAAAACACAUUUCCUUUGAUGGGGUACAGAAAAAGCAAGUUGUGACUUUCACGCAAGGAUCUCCAUCAAAACCUGGUGAAUUUAAAAUCAAGAUAGCCGACGUGGUUUCAGGAAGCAGCAAAGAUUCACAUAAAGACUCUGAACCACGGCGCAUCAUUGAUGGCAAAAAAAUUAUAACAUUGGACACUGCCUCUGAAAUCGAAGGUCUGUCAACUGGUUGCAAAGUAUAUGCAAACAUUGGCGAAGAUACGUAUGACAUUGUCAUUCCCAUCAAGGAAGAUCCUGAGGAAGGGGAGGCCAAACUGGAUUUAGAUGGAUUACCAAACAGAAAGCGCAUGAAGAUGAAACAUGAUGAUCACUAUGAGCUCAUAGUGGAUGGUAGAGUAUAUUACAUUUGUAUUGUAUGCAAGCGUUCGUACGUAUGUCUGACCAGCUUACGGAGACAUUUUAACGUACAUUCCUGGGAAAAAAAGUACCCUUGUCGUUACUGCGAGAGAGUUUUCCCUCUUGCAGAGUAUCGUACAAAGCAUGAGAUUCACCAUACCGGUGAGCGAAGAUAUCAGUGCUUGACUUGUGGAAGUUCUUUUAUCAAUUAUCAGGUUAUGGCUUCACAUAUAAGGUCAGUUCACAGUCUGGAUCCAUCAGGAGAUUCAAAGCUUUACCGACUAAAUCCCUGUAAAACUCUGCAAAUUAGACAGUACGCAUAUGUUAACAAUUCAAACAAUGCCUCAGUUAUUCAUGAUGGAGCCAUUAAUGUUCCUGUUAUUACCGAUGGUGGAAUUAAUGUUCCUGUUAUUAACGAUGGUGGAAUUGUGUAUGAUAUCGACCCGGAUAAACCGCAGCAACCUGCGUCCGAAGGAAGCCACGCUAACUCUGCUCCAAAGCCAGUCAACUGGGACGAUAUCUUCCUCCAGCAGAGUAAUCAGAAUAUGUUUAAACUGAAUACAUCUGAGGGUGGUACGGAAUUUGAGUUUGUAAUACCAGAAUCGUACUAGAGCUACAGUUUGGAAAUGCAUACAAAUAGGAACAUAGAUGACUUUAAGGCAACUUGCCAUCAGGAUUUUUUAAGCUAAUCUUAUGGUAUUCUAAUAAAUAAUGGAUAGUCCUUUUUUAGAUGCAUCAUCUGUAGUUUUGACUGGCAUGGGUGGGGGGAGGUGCCAUCUCCUAAGCAUUUACUUGAAGGUCCAGCAGAGCCGAAAAUCCAAGGAGUCUUGGGUUUUAUUUUACUUCUUAUCUUUGUUCGCGUUGAAACACCUUCAGUUGUACUCAGUUGUUUUAUAGUAUCUAUAUUUUGUGACUUUGGAGGCUUUCCCGCUAUGUUUAAAAUGGAGACCCUAACUCACUAUUUCGUUUAAGCUUGCACUUUAAUGCUAGCUCUGGUUUCUGGUUGGACCUUUGUUCACUGCCAUUGAUAUGUCUGAUUUUGUGCUAAGAUCACAUAAAGUUAUAACAGUUGUACUGCUAAAAGGGUCCAAAGCAGUCUUCCAGUACUAUAGUAUUGAAAGGUUUGUGUGCAGUAACAUACUUGUAAUCCCACCGUAAGGUUACAUUCAUUUCGUAAACUACAGGAAUUGGGUGAAGGCUGGGUAUAUGGCUGAAAUUAUGGUAAGGAAACCAGAUUGUUUAAAACAUUAGGGGCACUUCUACUAAAUGCUAGUUACUGGGCUGCCUUGACUGCAGAGCAGUUGCUUUUACAUUUAAUGCAUUAGCAGCAGACCCUCUAGCUGGAUGUUUUUUUUUAAGAAAUGUCCCUGGUUUUUCACCUGAUCUGGUAAGCUUAACGUAUUGCCUGUUGUAGAUACACCUUCCUGGUGUAAGCCCCAAAACCCCUCCUGGCUAGGGGCAUAUCGGUUGUCCAAACACCUGAAUUGAUCAGCAUGGGAAGCCGCAUAUAAAAAUGCAGUGGUUGAUGGAAAAAUUUUUAAUCGCAAAGCCAAUAAAAUAUAUGGCAAAAGAAAAGCAUCCCUUAAAAAAAACGCUAACUCUUGUGGCAGUGCCCAAGAGCUUUUAUAUGUGUAAUUUGUAUUAUUAUUAUUAUUAUUAUUAUUAUAUGUUGCAGUUGUAAUGGUUAGCCUUUGGUACUGUUUGUAGGAUCCAUGAAUGUCAAAUAUAACUGUACAUUAGCCCCUUAA